AGUUAACCUGUGACCUCGAAGUCAGCUGGUUGUGUCGAUAUGCAUUAUGAACAGUUGCUCUGGGCUGUUAAAAAUGGUGACUUGCAGUCGAUAAAAGAAAACAUGAAUAAUUUGUCUGGGGUUAAUUCUACUUUUAAAAAUGGAAGAACUCUAAUUCACUAUGCUGCUGACUAUGGACAGAAAGAAAUAUGUGAUUACCUCAUACGAAAUGGUGCAGAUUUAAAUGUUAAUGACAGUUUUGGAGUUACACCUUUGCUUGCAGCCAUAUAUGAGGGUCAUAUCGAUUGCGUAUCUUUGCUGCUCAACAAUGGCGCGAAGCUGGGGCUAGCUCCAGAUGGCUCAACGUACGUCGACUGUGCCGCGUCAGAAGAUAUAAGGAAUAUCUUGAGAAACUACAUAACUGUAUGAUACGAGAUGCACAGAAUCUACACAAUGAGUGCCUGAAAUUUUGUGUUUUCGUUCCAAAGACCGUCAAUUUAUUGGCACGAAUAAAUUCUCCCCGAGUUUCUUCCAGUGCACGUAUUCCAGGCUGCAAAAUGAUGGUUGCUUAAGAGCUUGCACGAUAUUUUGUUCUCCACUUCUGCUUUAUGUUCACUUAACUUCUAAACAUUAUUGUCCAUAAAACAAGGUAUAUUUCCUCCCUUUGUACACAACUUAUUUUGUGAUUUGUAUGCUUUAUUAUGUGUAAAUUUUUCUAAUAAACAUUUUUCC